AUGCGCGUUCUUGGUUCCAAAUCUAUUAAGCAAUUCUGUUUUGACGACUUAGCCGACCUUGUUCUUCCCUGGAGCACGCUAUUGGACAAACGAAACGAAGAAGUUGAAAUGCCUUCGGACCCUCGGUUUCAAAUUGCCAAAUACAUGGAAACUUUCGUUAAGCGGGUUGCUCAGGCUGAGGGAAUCGAUGGUCACCUUCGUCCCUUGAUCUCAGAACCUGCCAUCAACCUUCAUGGAGAGGAAGCUAUAUACGCGUAUCCCCUCGGCAGCUGGGUUUAUCACCAAAAGUUACGACAGCUUCGGCUUCUUUUGCAACUUGGCUUCGAGCUUUCGAUAUAUUCCCCUGAGGAGCUUCCUGGUUUAUAUUGGUAUCUCUCGCACAUAUGCGCCACUCAUCUUUCCCAUCUAGACCGCAUACGUUCCUGCGUCGAGGCAGAAUACCAAAGAGGCACCGUUGAUACCGCACAGGAGAACAAAAUUGAGCGGAAGCGAGCGUUUGAUAGGACAUUUAAAAUUCUUCAACGACAUUCGACAGAGCUCGGCGCCAUCGACGCGUUUGCCCUCGCAUUGAACGCCCUUUUUAUUUUAAUCUUACGCUACGAUUUAUUGCCUUCAACGUAUUUAUCGUCGUCCAAACGUUACUCGUCAGAAAGUUUACGCUAUGAAUUACGGAUGAAGCCAUUCUUUUCUGUAUCACUGCCAGAGCCUCUUCCUUUUGAAUUCUUUGAGAAGGAAGCAACUUUAUCUGAGAGUAGCGACGAACUGGUGCUUGAUAGGGCUCUGGCAGCGGUGGCUGAAGCGAGAAAGGCUCUAGAGCAAUGUCUAGCAGAUGGGCCGUUCCUCGAUUCUGGGAUCUCUGGUACGAAGGGAGAACAAGAUAAAGAAGGGACUGUACCCUUGGCUAGUCUCAAAGAGGACUGGAUAAAAGACGUUAAAGAUUCCCUACGAGCCUGUAUCGCGACGAGUAUCGCCAUUGGGACAUUUAAAAAGGCGUAUACAGCUAAACCAGCGUCUUUAUCGACGAGGCGAAAAGGCAAGAGCGAUGAUAUUCAACCUGCGAGAUCCCCAUCACGGCGCUUAAAUCUGUCGGUUGAAGUCCCUCAGAUCGGCUCCAAGGAUCGCUGGCACGAUUGGUGGAUCGUACCGAAAAUCUCGGAGAUACUUCCAAUUCGUGGUAACUAG